UAUACCGCGGAAACCAGCAUUUUGGUAUGUUGGAAAAAACUCUCUUCUAGCUUAGCUAGCGACUUUAACUUAAUGUUGAUUUAACGAAUGUUCUGUAUAUAUUUAGACUUUUUAAAGUCUCGGUUCUUUGUUUAACUGAAGUAAAGGAUCAGUGACGAAAAAUAAGUGCUUCGAUUUGUGUAGAUGCAAUCCGAUGAAAAUGAAGAAUUGCAGAAGCGGAAACGAUGUCCUCGUUGAGAUAACGAUGUGGAAGAAUGCUGAAGCAUAAGGUUCAGGAGCGACAAUGCGGCGAGACAUUAAGAAACGCAGAUUUGGUUAAAUGUCGUGUUAGAAUAUAUAAGCUCAAUAUGCAGAGGUGCCCGUACAUCCACGAAAUGAAGGAGCGGCUUCUGGGAGAACAAGUUCCGGUGGAGCAAAUACAAUCUGCCAAAAAACCUCUCACACCUCCUCCGACUAAAAUGGAACAGCAAGCACUUCUCCCUCAACAACAACCUGUAGCUACUGUAGUUAAGUUAAAUCCUGAUGGAUAUGGAUCUCAUACGUCACCCACUCAUGUUCGUGCUGACAAAACUCCCCUCAUGCCAAAACAACCCGAAGAUGAUUUCCACGUCUACGAAACAAAGACAUAUCCAAAAAAUGCCAAAACGUCCCUGUUCAUAAUCAUGAGUUUUGUAUACGCGAAACUUUUAGUAGUAGUUUGUAUAGCGUACGUCAUAUCCGAUGUAGUCACCCAUAACAUCCCUUUGUUUUAUUAUGAGGGUUUCUUCACAUACCUCUACGGCACGAGCAUUCUAUUUUUGUUGUACGUCUUCUGCUUCUUGUUGCAAGAGAGUAGUUGCUGUUCGGGAAAUGAAAAGGAAAUAAAGGUUAAGCCACAGAAUAAGCAGAAUGCGAAGGACAAGGAACACAAAAAAGAGGAAGACAAGAAAAAAAAGGAGGAAAAGGAACAGAAAAAACGAGAGGAAAAAGAGAAAAAGAAAGAAAAAGAAAAGGAAAAGGAGAAGGAAAAAGAGAAGAAGAGUAAGAAACAGGACAAGCAAAAAGCCUCGAGCUCGGGAACCAAAGCAGACGCCGAUUUCAACAUCUCUUUUAGUUUCGAAGAUAUCAAGAGCACCACGUACCGACGCAAUAGCGAGGGCGUGGUCGACGCCGAGGACGUGGUGCCGGUACCCGUGGCCGAACUCUCGGUCGCCUCGUCGCCCCCCGCUCACCGUCACUCUUCGCAGGGGCCGCCCGCCCAGAGCGACGCCCCGCCGCCCCCCGCGCCGCCGCCCGUCGCGCCCGCACAUGUCAACAACGUCGACUUGGAGAGCGGCGCCAUCGUGCCGGCGGCUCAAGCUGCGCAGCAGAGGACGAGGUGCAAGAGGAAGACCACGCAGAACGACCAGAGUCACGGCAGUUUCUUUUUGAGGAUCGGCGCAAUAGCCUUUGGUCUUGGAACGAUGAUAUAUAAUGGAUUGGAAUUCGGUGCUUUCUUUGAAGUCCCUUUCAAUUCGCCAUGUUAUAUGAUUCUUCGAGGAGUUAAUCCGGUACUUCAAAUGAUCUUCACUUUCAUGCAGAUGUAUUUCAUUUUCAUGAAUUCACGGCUCAAUAUCCAUCGUUUUAAAGUGGUGGCCAGAUUCGGACUGAUGCAUGUUGCAGCUACAAAUAUAUGUGUUUGGAUCAGAACGCUCGUCUUAGAAUACAUUAAAGAGAUUACGCUCUACCAUAGAGAACUUUUCAAUAUCGUUGGACCAACAAAUAGCUCUCCUUUUGCAGACAGCAUUCGACAGCACACCAUGCGUAACGUCAAUACUAUCCUCGGCAUUCACCGUGCAAAACCUGAUGUUAUACCAAACAGUACAACCACUGUCGCCACGUUAUUGGCCAAAGCGGUGGCCGCUACGCCAUCUAGCGUAAACAAAAUUGUAAGAGCCACGACAAGCAGCGUGUACCCCUACUUGAACAACUUGGCCACUGCCCCUACUACUACUACCUUGCCUCCUAUUACUACUACUGCCACCAGAAGUGUGUUCACUACCGCUAAAAGUAUCCCCCCUACCCUGUGGAGGAUGUUAAAAAGCACUGUAGCGCCUUUCGUGUAUCCUACCGCUACGUCGACCUUAUCCACUACGACCGUUAACGCGAUUCACGCCACCGUUCCAACCCCGAAGACGACGCCCCGAACUGACUGGAACGAAUAUUUCAAAACUCGCCCUAACUAUCCCAUGGCUGACACCACAUACCCACCAUCCACGUACGCGUCCAUCAGAGAUUUUUUCGAUUUGAAAAGCUUCAACAGUCUUAUGUCUCACGAUAUAGCUAACGUGGCUGCUGAAUCAGAACUAGCCGAUGAUUUCUCAAAUGCAAUCACGAAUAGUAAUAGUUCUGAAGUUUUUGAGGACAUCCUACCUCAAUCGUUGAUUGGCUACUUUACUAGAAACCUAACUAGUUCAAACGAUAGCUGUGGCAGGAUAAAUAUCAUGGGAAACAUUGUUCAGGACUCAGCUCCGUACCUGUUUCCAUUCAUCAUUGAAUAUUCGUUAAUCGGUGCCGCUGUCAUAUAUGUUAUGUGGAAACAUAUCGGAAGGAAUCCCAGAUACGUAACCCAAGAAGAUCUGGAACACCGACUGGAAAUCAUGCUAAGCCGUAGAGCGGUGGCAAUGGCUCAGGCUCAGCAAGGAAGAGUAGAUUGUGUGGGAGCAUCCAAAGGCUUAUUCUUUGGAUUAUUGAUGUUGGUUGCAUCGCUCAUUUGUCUGAUCCUAUUCUUCGUAUUAAUUCACCACAAAGAACUUGGUCUGCUAGCUAUUUGGCUCGCGGAUGUUUCGCAUUGCGUUCUUAUGGUAAUGAGCAUCAUAGCAAUAAUAAUUGGCUUCAUACGAAUGCACGCGGUGAAAUCCUCCAACAUAAAUUACAGGGUCCAGAAUCUUAAGUUCAAAACGGAAGAACAAAGCGACUUGAACGACAUCUUGUUGCGAGUGUCUGCAUUCGGCCUGUUUACUUAUGCAGUCUUCAGCGUGAUCGCCGGUCAUCUCAGCAUCAUCACCGGAGAUAUACCCAACCUUCUAGUAAUGGUUACCGGGAUCAUCGCUGUUCUACAGGUUAUUCUCCAAUUCCUAUUUAUUGCCGAUGUUUCAAGACGGAGAGUACACUUACCCGAGCACGAUAGAACUAAACCGGGACGUCAAGUGGUUACUUUCCUGCUUAUUUGCAACUUAACUAUGUGGAUCAUCUACACUUUCGAAGCACAAAAAGUCGAAGCCAAUCCUGUUCAAAAACAAUUCUACGGUUUUCUCUCGUGGGCAAUAAUACAACGCAUCACGCUACCUUUGUGCAUUUUCCACCGAUUUCACUCUGCCGUUACAUUGGCCGAAAUAUGGAAAACCAGUUACAAAGCGAGACUUGAAUAAACCACUUAAAUCGAAAGUCAGAUUAAAUCUAAUUUGACAAAAACAAGAGAAAUUAAAACCAAAGUUGAUUGAAAGCUUUACAUUGUUAUUUUCGUCGUCUUUAAUUUAAAAGUUAAUUUAAAUUGUCUAAUAGUUUUAAGUCGACUUACGAGGGCUUUCAUAACUGUAGAUAUAGUCUAUAAAAUGAAUAACCUUGAAUUUUGAAAGUUAUUUUUUACCACAUGGCAAAUAUAAAAUCCCUCUAUCAAA